UGUUCUUGAUGUUGUAGAUUAUUACUGAUAGAUUGUUAGACUGACUUCAACAGCGGAAAGGAAAACGAGGAAGGCAAAUGGCAGUUUGCAUCGCCACAGCGUUUGCAUCGCGCACGCAAAAAAAGCCGAUCUCCAACAGCGCCGCUCCCACCGCCACCCCUUCCCGCCGGUCUCCUCCCGCCGCCACCCCUUCCUGCCGGUGGCCGCCCCCUCCCCUCCUCCAUUUGCCGCCCGCGCCGCCCCCUUCCCUCCUCCCGCUCGAGCUCCGGCCACGACAGUCCCGGCGGCCCUCCCUUCCCCUGCUCGGAGGCGGUGUCGAGGAGGGCAAAGGCGCGAGCGUACUCCGUGCACGCGAUGGCCGCGUCGAUCUGCGACAUGAUUCGAGCUCGGCGAGGCGAGGAGCGGCCGGCGGGGCCAGGCGGAGCGGACGGAUCGACGCGCCGCCGCCGGAUCGACGCGAGCGGACGGAUCGACGCGCCGCCGCCCCCGGAUCGACGCGCCCCUCUGCUACUCCGUCGGCCUGGAGAGGGAGGGAGGCGGCGGGAGGACGGGCCGGCGGCGCUAUGGCCUUCCCCGCGCCGAGGGAGGAGGGCCGCCGCAGAUCCGAGGCCGGCGAGCUCGCGGCCGGCGAGCACGAGGCCGGCCGACCCGAGCCACUGCGGGUUGCCGCCACGGCCGUGGCGGGAGCUCAAGGCCGCCGCGCCGACGAUGCUCUUCGGCGUGCACCUCAUCGCCGCCCCGGGCGCCAAGAGGCCGGCUUCGCCGGAGGAGGAUGCGCACGAGCCGGCCCCGUCCGUGCUCCUCCGUCGUGGAUCCGCCGGCCAUGGACACGGUGGAGCAGGCCCGCGCCGCCGUCCCCUUCUCCCGCUCUCGAAAUGCCUCAAGGAGAGAGGGGAUGUAUUUUUACACAUCCUCUCUUCUCGGAGGCAAACUGCCUCAGGCUUUUGCACCGGCCGUUGGACGGAGAUUUUGCGAUGCACAGUGCCAACUCGAGAGGAAAAAUGGAAUUGCCUCUCGUGUUGGACUCAGUCUUAGGUGUUCAGCGUCCAGACCAAACAAAGAGUUUGUUCUUGAGAUGGAUGUUCCAAUUACACAAUUCACAACUGGUACCUUGUGUCAAGUAAACAAGGUCAGGCAAUGUUAGUAGUGUUAUGUAUUUCAUCGUGCAUCCUUUUUUAUUGGAACUGGUUUCUUUCUGAAUCUGAGGAAUCUUGUCCAUCCUAGAAAUGAUUCCAGCUA